AUGGCCGCGGCGUCGUCGCUAUCGACCGCGCCACGCGCACCUCUCGCUCCCGCGCUCGCGUUUUUCGGCACUGCCUCUAACCGAUUCGGCGCUGCCUGUGUCUGUGUCGGCGAACCAGGCUUCUCGCUCGCAGAGGCGAAAAAAAUCUAUGUUGGUGGACGCAAUGCGUGGAACCCGUGGGGCCCGGGAGUGAGGAAAUGGAAGGGCCCUCACAAAGUCUUCAGAGGCGACACAUUGGUGUUCAGAUGGAAGAAAAAAUCAAACUUGGUUAUGCUGGCCGAUGAAACGGACCCUGCGGCGCCUUAUUAUUUCGACAAGUGUACAUACGACACGUCCAAUCCCGCGUUGCACACUGUGGUCGCGGAAGCCAAGGCCUCGGGAUCUGCCAAGUUCACGAUUGCCAAGGACUCCGUGGCACUCCAUUAUUGGUUCAUUAGUACCGUUGGCAAGACGUGCAAGAACGGGCAGAAAUAUGAAACGCCGCCUAUCCUUACCAAGUAG